UAUAUCGUCACAUCAACAGAGUUGCCAUUGGAGCUGGUAAGUUUGCGUCAGCACAUCACCAGAGUUGUCAUUGCCGGUGGUAAUUAUCGUAACCACCUCACCAGUGUUGUCAUUGCCAGUGGAGGCGUGGAAAGAUUUGCUAUGGAGACGGCUUUGCACUGUGUGGUCUUACUGUUGUUCUUGGGUGUACAGACCAGUCGAGGUGAAAUAUGGCAAAUGACAAUUUUCAUCGAUACUAGGAUAAACGCAAAUUCUGGUGACACGCUUUUUCUGGAUGUGGAUGGUACAUUGUCGAGCAUGCGAGAAAUAAAUCUCGGCAAUAAUUUUUACAGGGGCGAGAUAAGACAACUAUCUAUAAAUGCAGACUUCGGGGAAAUUAAUUCGAUCCGUUUAUACCAGACACAGAACGACGGAAUGCGUGUGCGACAGGCGGUCCUUGAGGAUGGUAAUGGUCGCAGAUACGCAUUCGAUUGUCAAUGUUGGAUACAGAACGACCAACCAGCAGACGACAGUAAACCAUCUUGGAUACUCACCCCUCAGAAUUGUUACUGGAACGACUCUAUCCCGUACUGUACUACUGUCGUGCGAGCCACCUGUCAGAUCGGGAAGUGUGAAAAAUGCGUGGAUGGCUAUCAGCUGUACACAGAUGGUUGUAAAGGCAAGUAUUGAUUACAAGGCUAAGAUUAUUUUGCUAUUUUCAUUUUUGAGUAAGAAAACAUAAAUAAAACGAAGAAUAAAAUAAUAUGCAACUUCAAUGGUUUUACUUCUUCAUUUGUUGUAUAUAUAUUAUAUCUACCAUUUAAUUGUUCUACAGUAAUAAACAGAUCAUUAUUUAUCUACAAUAAUUUAGUUACUAUAUUGUCAGGUAACAAUUCCACAGAU